CAAAACGCCCAUAUUUUGUGUUCUGUACCGAAAAUAACACUUUUAUCUUUUUCUGUUUUUGUUCCGCCUCACUUUUCUCACUUUUCUCUUUUCUCUUUUCUCUUUUCCUUUCCUUUUCCUUUUUUCCUUUUCCUUUUUUCCUUUUCCUUUUAAUCAUUAACGUUUCAGGAUAAAUCAUUGCCUCUCCGUCUCUUUCUCUCUUUCUCUCUUUCUCUCUUUCUCUCUUUACCAUCUCAUAGAUACCUGUCAUGACCAAUUCUCUUCCUUCUCCUUCUCCUUCUCCUCCUCUUCCUCCUCAACAAACGCAUGACUCUGUCCAUGCACCUUCAAGACCACAGGACCAGCAAAUCCAAGGAGACCUUUCAAGAUUAUCGUUAGACUAUCAACAACAUCAACAUCAACAACAACAACAGCAACCUCUCCCUCUUCCCAGAAUCUCAUUCGACCAACCCUCUCCUCCUCAAACCUCUAUGGAGCAGCCACCACCUUACUCCUUCUCUCUCCCUGUUGGAAACUAUGUGCCCAUUCCCAUUUCCGGAACCCCUAACUCAGCCUAUUCUUUCCCCAUAGAGGAACAUCUUUUCCAGAUUCAGGAACUAAUGGCUCCCCCACAACCUGUUGCAACAUCAAAAUCAACAACUUCAAUACGCUCCUCCAUUUAUAACUAUGCUUAUGGGUCGAGCUCAGUAGGGGCAAACACCGGAGGAGGAGUAGUAGUAGUAGGAGGGGGAGUAGGAGGAGUAGGGAUAGGGAUAGGGAUAGGACCAGGAUCAGGACCAGGACCAGGACCAGGAGUGGGAGCUGGAGAAUCUGCACAGCCAACACCAACAUCAACGCCACCACCACAGCCCCAUAAUUAUCAAUUCAUCUGCGCCAAUCCCAUGCACGAUCAACAAUACCUUCUUGUCGGCUCUACAAGCGCUCUACACUCCAUCGACUUGACUUUACCUGCUGAGAAACAAAGUAUCCGUACUCAUAUCCAAGGCCUUGCCUUUAAAGAAAUUCAUUGUCUCGAAGAUAUUGGCCUGAUUGUUGUGAUUGCUGGACGUAAUGCCCGUGUACGCUGUUACGAUUAUGAUUCGAUCAAGAAGCUGGUUUCGUAUGGUCAUUCCAAAGAAGGUCAUAAUCGUAUUGUUGAAGGCGGAAGACUCGGAGCGAUGAAGAACAUGAUCCAGUUGCGAGUCGAGACCGCCUUCCAAAAGGAUGAAAACCACCAUAAUCCGCAUGGAGACAACAACAGCCCUAACACGAGCCCUAAGAGCCACAUGACCGCAACCAAUGCCAGUGGUACCAAUGGCCGUAUUCUCAAGGGUUCCUCCGCUGCCUCCCCAGUCUCCUCCUCCACCUCUUCAACAGCUUUAUCUUAUCCUCCACAGUUGCCGCCAUCAUCACAUCAUCAUCAUCAGCACACCCGUAGUAUCGAUAGAUCCUCAUUGUUAUCACCUCCUGCUCGAAUGAAUAAUAACUCGGGCGGAGCAUUCGACGAAAAGGGGCUCGAUCAUGAUGCGUUCUCCUACAAGAAAAACAAACAAAGACCGUUGAGUUUUGGUGGAUUAGCUUCGUUGGCUCAUGAACACGUCAUGAAGAAGAGUCAACAACAGCAACACCAACAACAGGCCGCCUCUACCCCUGUUUCCCCGAGCACAGGUGCUGGAAGUGGCUUCGGUGUAACCAAAAACAAACGCUUUUCUCAAAUGGCAUCCUAUCUGAGUCAGGCUGCCGUCAACUCCAACAUGGCUGCUCAUGUCACUAGCGGUCAAGAUGCACCCUCUGAGGAAGCAAUCUCUUGGGCAUGGGAUUUUACAAAACUGAAGCAGACAAAGGAUGUCUUAAGCAUCGAUUUCCAUUAUACCUACUCAACUGUUUACAUGACCAUCCUUUCCAAGAACGGGAUUGAUAUCUAUUGUCGACCCAAGUUUGCUCGUGGUCUUAAAGCAGCUUCUUGGUCAGCUGUCUCUUCCUCUUCUAAUGCUGAAACCUCUGGGCGACCCAGAUCAAGCUCUUUAAUCAAUGGUUCUGUCGGAGGUACCGGGGGUGCUGGCGGGAUGGUCACUGCAGCAUCAUAUAACAGCAACAACUAUGGAUAUGCAGGAUCUCGCGAUGAUCAGAGUAACAACAAUCCGUAUGAGUGGAGGCAUUACAAAGAGUUUUAUCACCCAGAGGCGCCCAGUUUUAUGACGGUCGUCAAGAGUCCACAGGAUGUGACAGACAUUGUUUUAGGGAAGGGACCCCGGGCAUGGAUCGUCAACGUCGAUACCAUGUCCGUCACAGACAUUCACAAGCCUGAGACCAGUAGUGGUGGCAUCCUUCACGGAAUUGGAAAGCGAUUGGGCUUCCGAAGCAGCAGUAAUACCAAUGGUGGUAACAGCUGCAGUGGCGGAAGCGGUAGUGGCAGCAGUGGCGGUAGUGGUGGCAACGCACUUUGGUAUUCGUUUGAGAAAAUCCCUUUUGAUGUGCCUCCUCAUAUUCUUUAUCCUGAAGCGACUACAGGGUUGUAUGGUGGCAAUAGAAACAAUGGCAGUCAUAGCAAUAGGGACUCGAAGGAGCAGUACAGCACUUUUGCACCAGAGCAAUCGCCGUCAUCCGUCUCUACUUCAGCAGCAAAGCCUAUCCUAUCAAUGGAUGCAGGUCGACGAUCCCACGAUGAUAUCAUCCAGCGACCCUGUGAUCAGCUGAGCAUUCACCAACAGCAAUUAGAGGAACAAGAGCGGGCAGAAGCUGAUGCACUGGCAUUAAAGGCCCUGCAACUAUUGCAACUUCAAGCAUCCGCCCCCGAACCUUCGUUUGGAUCAUCCUCCACCUCACCUUGCUCUUCCUCCUCUUCCUCGGCAUCUAUCAAUUGGGCUCAACAGCAACAGCAGCAGCAGGCACCAUCUAGCAACAAUAACAAUGCUUCUAUUAAUCCUACAGCUGCCAUCACCACGACAAACCAUCCACUUUUCAAGUCUCCUAAAAAGACCCGGAUGGUGACCUCAGAUGAGGUCCUGAACAUGGCUUUCAAUCAACGGACAAUGAAUCAACUCUUCUUGGCCACCUGUGGAUCCCAGUCUCGGAUCGUUGACAUCCAUGGCAAACCCCAGUCAUCCGUCAUCCUCGAUUGGGAAUCAUUCCCUCCUCAAAAGAUUGAUUUUUUGAAGACACCACAAGAUAUUUAUGUCGUUGGGUUUGAAAAAACGUCAAUUGUCAUAUUUUCGUUGUCAAAAGGCAGUAAAGUCAAGGAGAUCACAAAGAAGGAUCUUGUUACGGCUGCAGACGCCAUGGCAGCGGCAGCGGCAGCGGCAACAGCAACAGCAUCGAACACUCAUGUCGCUAAUUCUACAACAACUAAUCACAAUAUAGAUAAAACAACAGGAGGUGGAGAAGGUGGGUCUGGAAUACCGGCGAUCCCAUCUGUUCCUGCAGCAACAAGCAUCCAAAAUAGUCAAAAUAACAAUAAUAGCUCUACCAGCCACGGCGGUGGUUCCAAUUCAAGCCCGUCCAUCAAGUUCUUGGGCAGAGAUAACGUUGCAGAUGACUCGUUGGGGAUCUUUUUCAGCUAUUGUCAUCCCAGAAAUGGUAUCUCAAUCUGCAAGCUCGGUCUUGUCCCCUUGGUACGAGAUGAUCUUGAGUUGAUUGGAUAUUAUUGAACGUCCAUCAUUGAUCUCCAGUAGAAUUUUAGACUUUUUUUUUCUGAGAGAAAUAGAUACCCGCACCCGCUCACUUUUUUUAAGUGCAUCAUACAAUAAAUAGAUCG